AUGGCGCUGGCGCUCCUGGCCUCCGGGACCCGGCAGAAUCAUUAUUGGCUCCAAGGCAAAGGAGCAGUAAGAGAAUUUGGAUUGGCUGGUCGAUCGGGCCUUCCAGGAGGAGAAAUGAUCGAUGGUGCUGGGGGAGACGCUGGAAGCAGCCGAGGGGGCCGGAGCGACCCCCGUGCCGCAGUGCUGGAGGGGGCGGAGGCAGGAAAAGAGAAGGCUGGGCAGGAGGCGGCCCCUGGGGACGCCGUCACGUUCCAGGACGUGGCCGUGGAGUUCACGUGCGAGGAGUGGAGGCACCUGGCCCCUCCCCAGAAGGAGCUCUACCGGGACGUGAUGCUGGAGAACUACCGGAACCUGGCCCGCCUGGGACUCGCCGGCUCCAAGCCAGGCGUCAUCUCGCAGCUGGAGCGAAGGGAAGCCCCCUGGACGCCGGGAGGAAUCCGGGGGAGCCGCCGUCCAGACAGGGCCCAGGACUUGCUCUUCCUCCUUCUGUCCCUCUUCCUGCUGCUCUGCUGCUUUCACCACCCGAGCGGAGGCGGCCUGAGAGCCCCCACGGCCAAGAGGCCGGCCUGGUGGGGAGCAGCCUCUAGAGCCCAGCUUAAUCAACAUCAGACAGUCCAUUUUGGGGAGAAGCCUUAUGAGUGUAAUGAGUGUGGGAAGACCUUUCGCAACAGCACCUGUCUUAUUCAACAUCAGACAAUUCAUACUGGGGAAAAACCUUAUGAAUGUCGCGAGUGUGGCAAAGCCUUCAGAUUGAGCUCUUACCUUACCCGGCAUCAGAGAAUUCAUACUGGAGAGAAGCCUUAUAAAUGUGAUCAGUGUGGGAAAGCCUUUUGUCAGAGCUCACAACUUACUCAGCAUCAGACAGUUCAUACUGGGGAGAAACCUUAUGCAUGUAAUGAAUGUGGGAAGGCCUUUAGUCAGAAAACAGAACUUACGAGGCAUCAGACCAUUCAUACUGGAGAAAAGCCUUAUGAAUGUAAUGAAUGUGGGAAGGCCUUCCGUCGGAAAGCAGGACUUGUUGAGCAUAAGAUAAUUCACACUGGAGAGAAAACUCAUAGAUGUAAUGAAUGUGGGAAGGCUUUCCGCCAGAGUAGAAACCUUAUUCGCCAUCAGAGAAUCCAUAGUGGAGAAAAACCUUAUGAAUGUACAGAAUGUGGAAAGGCGUUCCGCCUGAAGGCACGCCUCACUAAACAUCUGACAGUUCACACUGGUGAGAAACACUUUGAAUGUAGUGAAUGUGGGAAAGCCUUCCGCCAGAAGCCACAUCUUACUGAACAUCAGACAAUUCACAGUGGUGAGAAGCCCUUUGAAUGUCACGAGUGUGGGAAGGCCUUCCGCCUGAGAACACAGCUCAUUCAACAUCAUAGAAUCCAUACUGGGGAGAAACCAUUCGAGUGUAAUGUAUGUGGGAAGGCAUUUAGUCACAGGACAGAACGCAAUCGGCAUUAUAGAAUUCAUACUGGAGAGAAGCGAUAUGAAUGUAAUGAGUGUGGAAGGGCCUUCCGCUUGAGCACACACCUUACUCGGCAUAAGAGAAUCCAUACUGGUGAGAAACCCUAUGAGUGUAAUGAAUGUGAGAUGGCCUUCCGGCUGAAAGCACAACUUACUCAUCAUCAGAGAAUUCAUACUGCAGAGAACCUUUAAGAAGGUUCUGAUUUAGGAAAGGCUUCCUUCUGGAACAAACUAUAUUAAUACAGAAUUAAUAAGAACAGAGAACAUUUGUCUCUAUCAUUAAUAUGGAAUGUCUUUAAAUAACUUAUGAAAUAGUAAGAAUCUCUUGCUGAGAAGCCAUAUGAAUAUAAGGAAAGGAAUAAAAUUAAAGAAUUGAGCAAAGGAAAAUUCCACAGGUGAAACAAAUUGUUGCCUAUUUUCCCACAGCAGUGAUUCAAAUCCUUUUUCUUUCUUUUCAAAGCCUUCUUCAACUUCCUUCCUAAAUCCCAAUAUUUUAAUUGAUUUCCAUUUUUAAUUGACUUAGACAUUUACAUUAUGGAACCUCAACUUCACCUACAAUUCCACAAAUAUGGAUUCUUCAACUACUUUCAGUCAAACUCAAUACAAAGGUUUGUUUAGAAUAAAAAGGUCCAUUUUAUAU